AUGCUGCCCCGCGCCCAGCCAGGUCCGGCGAGCGCCGCGCGUGGUGCCUCCCGCUCCCUUGACUGCCGGCUCCGCCUCUACUCGCGGCUGGGUCGUGCCCGCCGGCUCCGCCGCUUGCCGACUCCGCCCCGACUCGGACGGCUGGCCCCGCCGCUUGCCGCCUCUGCCCACCCCGUGGCUGGCUCGCCACCAACCAUAGCCGCCUCCGCGCCAGCGUCCCGCGACCCGGCCGCGCCCGCCUCCGGCCCCCGCGCGCCGGCUCCUUCCCUCGCCCCCGCGCUGGCUCCACGCGACUCGGCCCCGUCCUGCGUCCCGCUCGUCGCCUCCGUCCUGCUCGACCGGCUCCCGAGCACCGCCACUCCCCCAACCCGGCCACUGCUCCGCCCCUACCUGGCUCCGCCUCGCCCGCCCGACGGCUCCCGCGGGCCGGCUUCGCCUUGCCUUGGCGGCCUUGCCCCGCUAGUCGGCGUCCGCCCCAUCGCUCCUCCCCGCGGCCGGGUGCUCCGCGCCCGCCCGCCGACUACCGGCUGUGCCGCCUCCCGUCGUCCGGCUGCAGCCUCGGUCCGCACUCGGCCGCCCUACCGGCCUCCGCGCCCGGCUCCGGCCGCUUGCCGUCUCCUCCCCGCGCCGGACGGCUGGCUCCGCCGCUUGCCGGCUCCGCCGCCUGCCGUCUUCGCCCACCACCCGGCCGGCCUGGCCGGCCCCGAGCGUCCGGCUCCUCCCCUCCGGGUCCUCCGUGCCGGCGCGCCUGCCCCGCCCCGACCGGCUCCCCCAACCCGACCGCCUCUGCUGCUGGCCUCUCUGCCGCUUGCCGUCUCCGCCCUGAGCCGGACGGCUGGCUCCGCCGCUUGCCGGCUCUGCCGCCUGCCGGCUUCGCCCACCACCCGGCCGGCCUGGCCGGCCGCCGGCUCCCCGCUCGCCUAUUGCUGGGAGUUGGAUGCAGAGGUGGGGAUGGUGCUCCUGGGCUCCUCCAGUAGUGUUCCAGCUGGACCCCGGCAGUCUUCCACUUGGGCUGCAGCUGCGUUAGCCCUGGCGCAUCCUGCUGGCCCUGGUGGCGGUGGUCGACGGGUUGCCUCUGCCGUGCUCUCCAUCGCCGCGUUCCUCGGUACUCCUGCUCCCGCCGGGCUACCUCUCCUGGAGCCCGAGGGGGGCGGGCUGGGCUACUGCACAGGCGCUCCUUUUUCCCUCCUCGCCUUCGACGAUCGUGCCUAG